AUGCUUAGUCUGUUCUCAAUGGGCAAGUUCGCGCGCCAGGGAAGGCCCGCAAAGCCUCAAAAGGCGGUUCACAAGUCUAAUGCUCUUGGAUACCAGAAGCGUCGCUCGGAGAAGGCUUCAAAACCCAGCGCAGACCUAACGGAUGUAUAUGAAUAUGCACCAUCUGCAAAAGUUCGUCGCUCCAAAGUACGCCUCGAGCUCGAUCGCGACGAGGUCGGCGGUCGAAUCAACGACGAUGAGGACGAUGUUGGUGAUUUUCAGGGGACUGGAUUUGGCAGGAAGGAGCUGAGAGCACGGCUAUUGGGUGAAUUCGUGGACGACGAGAAGGUUGCAAGCGAAGACGACGAGGAGAUCGAGAGUGACGAUGCUUUUGACGACGAAGAUGAGGACCGGUUUGCAGGGAUGGGUUUCCGGCAGAAGGGUGGUAAGAAGAACGCAGUGAAGCGGAAAACGCCCAAGCGGGCUGAGAUUGACCUGAACGAGGAUGACGAUCAAGCCAUGGACGACGCUGAGGCGGAAAUAGGAGAGGGUGACGAUGUCGACGAUGACGAACUGUCGGAAGACGGUUCAGGGGAGUUUAUGGACAUUCUUGACGUCUUCGACGGCAAAGCAGAUGCGGAAGACGAUCAGCCUGCACCCACAUCUAAAUCAAAACCCCCAGCAAAACCCUCACGCGACGUCUCCACACCGGCUUCAGAGAAUGAGCAGCUUGAAAUCGAUGCUAUGGACUCGGACGAAGGCUCUGACGAGGAAGACAGCGCCGAGGAAGACGAGGAGGCCUCUGCCAUCUCGGCAUCCGACGCCGAGGACGAGCACUCCGCGCUCGCCGACCUCGAGACGUUCGUCAGCGGGCUCGACACGACCGACUCUAAAAAGCGCAAAGCAGCACCAGCCGACGCCGGUGAUGAUGCACCUGCACCACAACGCCGUCGUGUUCUCGUGGAGCGCACCGAGGCUGGACCCGAGGGCGAAUUCCGUGUUAACGCAGGCACCGCAAAACUCGACCUUGACGACCUCCUCAUGCCUCUCGCUUCCGGCUCCUCCUCAUCUGCUCUUGCCGACCUCAAAAAAUCCAUCAAACCACUUCAGCCUUCUACCUCAUCCAAAGCAGUGCGCACUCUAGCUGCACCUUUGCCCCAGAGAAUGCAGGAACGGUUAGACCGAGAAGCAGCGUACGAGCAAACAAAGGGAGAAGUGGACAAGUGGAAUGCGACGAUGAAGCGUAUCAAGGAGGCCGAACACCUGAGCUUCCCUCUGCAAGCUGAACCCGAGUCCCGGCCCUCGAACCUCGAGCUCGCUGCCAGAUUUAAGGCACGUUCGCCAACAACAUCCCUCGAAAAAUCCACCUCCGCCCUUCUCUCCUCCGCCGCCCUCCUCGAUGACCAACUUCAAGCGACGGAAGCGCUUCAAAUGUCGCACCUCACCAUCGACGACGUGAAAGCGCGCCGCGCGGAGCUCGCCAAGAUGCGCGAGCUCGCGUUCCGCGCCGAGGCCAAAGCCAAGCGUCUCAAGAAAAUCAAGAGCAAGACGUUCCGCAAAAUUCGUAAGCGCCAGCGUGCGCGUCUUGACGGUGCAGCACCGGACGAGGACGAUGAGGAUGACGAAGAGGCGCAGUUGGAGACGGAACGCGAGAGGGCGAGGGAGCGUGCGACGCUUCGGCACUCUAAUACCGGCAAGUGGGCAAAGGCGAUGAAGGGCAAGGAGGGGAUGGACGUGGACCAGCGGAGGGAGAUCACGGAGAUGCUGGAUCGUGGGGAGAAGCUCAGGAGGAAGAUUGAGGGCGAGGGCGAGCCGGGGGAGUCUGAGGAUGAGUCGGACGAGGAAGACUACGAGGGAGGCGAAGAAGGGGCGCGGCGCCGUGCGUUCGACGAGCUUGAGGCUCUCAACAGGGCGGACGCCGAUGACGUAGACCCGGAGAAGCUGGGCAAGGGCGUGUUCGGGAUGAAGUUCAUGCGCGAUGCGGCCGAGCGGAGGGAUCGCGAGACUCGGAAGGACGCAGAUGACUUUGCUCGAUUGCUCGAUGAAAGUGCAGCGUCUGGGUCAGGUUCAGACCAAGACGACGGGGAGGGCGGUGGACAACGCCAAGGAGAGGCUUUCAUCCAGCGCACGGCCGGAGGAGGGCGAAUGUUCUUCCGACCAACGGAGUCAUCACAUCUCGCUGAGAUACGCACGGCGGGGCUCGUUCCCGCUGCUUCUGCGUCCGACACGUCGAGUGUCACACUCCAGUCUGCGGACCUCGUGCGCAACUCGCCCGCUCUCUCUCGCCCUGUCCCUAACUCUAAAUCCGCUACCGGCGCAGUCAUCACCCCCACUUCUGUUGCCCCUUCAACUUCACCUCGGAUAUCUAACUCCCCUCCGCCCGUCUCAAAAGCAGCGCAGCCGAAUCCUUGGCUCACCAGGAAAGCUGGCAAGGAUGAACUCAAGAAGAAGAAAAACGAAGUACUUGUGCACAAGGAUAGCUCAACGCUUGACAAAGCUGCCAGCCGACUUCGGAAGAAGAAAAGGGCACAAGACGGGGAAGGAGAGCUGGACGAUAAGGAGUUGGAUAUCGAGAUGGGGGCUACACUUGUGCUCCCCGCUGAGUCAUCGAGUAAGGGGAAGGAUAAGAACGCAGACGAGGGUGAGGGCGAGGAUGAAGAUGAAGACGCAAACUCGGAGGUGGACGAACAGGAGCGACAGCUUGCUCAGCGGAGAGCCGAACGCGGGGCAGGUGGGAAGGGUGUCAAGGCGUUUGAGCAGCGAGACUUGGUUGCGCAAGCCUUCGCGGGGGAUAACGUCGUUCAGGCAUUCGAAGAGGCUAAGCGCAAAGAGGUUGAAGCCGAUGCUCCAAAAACGGUCGACACGACCCUUCCUGGCUGGGGCUCAUGGGUUGGCACGGGAAUGGCUCCUCGUGCUCCCAAUCCCAAGUUCUUCAAACACAUACCCGGUAUAGCUCCCUCGCAGCGCACGGAUGCGGGCAAGAAGCACGUCAUCGUGUCCGAGAGGCGCGACAAGAAGGCGGCCAAAUACCUCGUGAAAGAGCUCCCGCACCCCUACACGAGUCACGCGCAGUUCGACAAGCGCAUGGCACAGCCCGUUGGGAAGGAGUGGAACACGGUUGGCGCGUUCCAGCGGGGAACGCUGCCCAAGGUCGUCAAAAAGAUGGGCACGGUUAUCGAUCCCCUCGAAAAAUUGUUCUAG